AUGCCUGGUCCAGCAUAUGCUAGUGGUAAGCGAGGAAAGACAAUUCAUUUGCGAAGUGUGAUACACACUUUUACAGGUUCAUCGAACCCUGAUAGCACAAAGUACAAAGGUCUCGAAGACGAACGAUCUCCUAUAGAAAUAAAUGACUCCUUUUUGGCACAACUCUACAAGAAACUAGGAGAUAAAACCUGUGGCUACCAUGAGCGGGCUCAAACGGCAGUCGAGGUAAGACAACGAUUGGAUGAAUUUCAAGCGGACUUUAUACCUUCCUUAUGGUCUUCUGCAAAUGACCUUGUGGCACUUGAAGUACCCCAAUCUACCAGAAGAGUUGCCUUGGAGCUACUACUUGAAUGUGUGAAUAGGUGUGAAGACGAAUCCCUAAGAUACAACUACCUUCGCACUACAUUGGAUUUGUUGAAAUCGUCCUUGGAGGAAGGAGAAUCGAGUAUAGACCCCAACAUGGACCUACUACUAGCCUGCCUGAAAGAAUGUCUCUGCGGUACCACGCUAAGCGAUGAGGAAAGUACCCUUUCAGCUUGCGUUAUUGAAGAGGUCAUUAGCGAGGCUCUGCGAGAUCCUAAAAAAAUGCCCACUGUAUCUAUACCAAUCUUGAUUGAUAUUGUUAUGCAUGCUAAAACACUGGUACGAGAAAGUAGCAUGCUAGAGCUGAUGAACUUUUUGUCCUUCUUCCUAGCUGUACCUGAUGCAAACAACGCGGAACUUCAUCUUUGUAUACUGGACUACAUGUUGUAUCUUGUGCGGCAACAUGAGACUCUAUUAUCCCCAAAAGUCAUUCAUCAGCUAGUUGUUUUUUCGGAAAGGAUGUCACAAUCAAAUGAUGCUCGUCAUGUUGCAAAACUAAGCUGUAUGUUACGAGCUUUGGCAGGGUCGGCUCCCAAGAAAGAGUUUUUCAAUCAACUUUUGCAAUUAACUACUGAGAAAAAAGGAAGCUGGGACUUUGUGCUCGAACGUUAUGCAACUUACUUCGUCGAAUCUUCAAAUGGUAAUGGUGGUAGUAAGGAUGAGAUAGAAAUAUUGUUGAACAAGCUGUACUGUAUGAAAAAAGACAAAAUAACGCUAAAAAUAAUUGAACAGCUAUGUGAAAACUCUAGUGGGAACCAGACAUUGGAAAGUGAGGAAAUAUCUGCUGAUAGCUUGAUAUGGGCUUUGAUUAGAUCGAUACUCACCAGGCUUGGAGAUAGUUGUACCAAAACUCAAUUCACAAACACUCUUCUCAAUCUUCUCGCAAAUAAUGAUUCAAUAACGCCUCCAUCGGUCGAUAAGCUCAUUCAACUCAUCUGUGAGUUGCAGUUGCAGGUUGAUUUUAGCGGUUUGAUUGGUCUUGCAAGUUCUCGUCGACAAGAGUUACGCGAUAUUGCAACUCUGACUAUGAUUACCGAUCGAGUAUUAGUUCCAGACGCUCCACAGCAUUGUCAGCUGUUCGAGCUAUUAACCUCGCUGAUGCAAGAAACCGAAUUCGGGCCACUUUCCAAUGAGAAGCACGUAUUCGCAUUGAUUACCAACAUAUUCAUGAGAAUUCGAACGAUAGAGCUUUCAGAGAUCGCAUGCUCAUUUUGCGCCGAACUGACAUAUCUGUGCUUACAACGCCUCUCAACUAAGCAUUUUUCGUCGUUGAUCCACGAUCAAAUACUGCUUGAUAUAAAGGCUAUUCUUGCCAAGAAAAAACGCAGAAAGAGCAUUGUGAAUACAAUAGGAACCUUUGGCAGGUCCAAGCAACCUAUUGAUCAAAAACUGUUUAAAGUUGACGCCCUCGUAGAAUGCCUGGUAAAAGGCUUUAUCUGGAGCGCUACGGAAGUGACAGGGUACAAAACCCCAAUACUAUUCGACACUUUGUACUCUGUGUACAACGUUGCAGAAAAAUGUGCCCAUGAAAAUACGUUGCUUACAAUCGCUCGCGCAAUGGUUCGGAUACGAUGUGAUUCUACAGGUUUUUUCUAUUUUACCAACCCUAAGGAUGCUGUUGGGAUCAGCUCGGCACUUGGUAGGUUCAAGGAUGAUUUGCAAAAUAAAGAUUUAAAAUGGUUCUUCCCAGAAAAACUAGCCUAUAUCGAUGAAUCAUUGCUCUAUGUGCGAAAUAAGAAUGUUCUUUUUGCCGCCGGGGACAAACCUCGGUGUAUCGAUAUGGCUAAGUGGCUCUCCUUGGCAGUCAACACAAUUAAAGCCCCAAUGGCCUGGGAUAUUUAUUCAUACUUACUCACGCAUCUUUGUUCCCAAUUGGCCGAAGUUGCUCUAUUUCAAGAUCAUCCUGGUCUUAUCAAUGAUUUGAAAACUGUUAUUUGCCAACAUUUGACGUCUAAACUCCCAUCCACAGUGGAACUGGAGGGAAGCGCUUCUCGUUGUAAUUUGCAAGCCGCGUUCGUGAGAAAUUUAUCGUCUGUACUGGCUUAUCAUCCUUAUGAACCUAAAGAAUUUGCUGAUGAGAUAGUAAGUGCUAUUGUGAUUGGCGUGGCAUCUUGGGAGAAGACUUUAAUUCCAGUCCUCCAUAUCCUGUGCGUUAGUUGCUACGAAGUUCCUUUAUCUGUUCAAAAGAACUUGUCUCCAAUGUUGCUCCAGAUUCAAAAGAGAAUGACAAAUUGUUAUGCCAUUCCAUCAAUCUUGGAGUUUUUUAUAGCAUUGAAAAACUCCCCUACAGUAAUUAUGAAUUUGACAGUUGAAGAGAUCAAGCGGGUUUUCGCAAUCGUGUUCAAACUAAUUGAGUACUCAGUUGAUCUAACGCUGAGAUCGAAAGUCUCUGCCAAUGAAGCACCAAAGCCAAAGACUUCUCAACCUCAAAACCAAGAGUAUGAGGUUGAAAUCUCAUCAUCUACUGAAACGUUCUUCGUUGGUGAGGCAAUGGCCGAAUUUUUCGAAUAUCAAUCGUUUAUGGUACUCACCUUUUGGUAUCUGUGUCUCAAUUCCACCCGAAAGAAAGAGCUAUUCCCUUUUGUCAUGGGCGGUUUACAGAAAUUACAGGAUGUGGAAGGUCUAAAAUAUGAUGUUCUCGCUCAUGUGGAUUUUAUAACCAGGUCACAAUUCAUCAGCCAGGGAGACUGGAAUAUCGAUGAAAGUGAGAGUGAAGUGAUCGAAGGCCAUACAGAUUCGGCCCGUUGGAUUCAUAACACGACUUUGAUAUCCAUCAAAUCGAGGCGGAAACGAGCGGUGAUUACCGUUUGGAAACCUACUUGCACUUUAUCAUUUGCAUUCGAACCUCUAGCUAAAGUCGAACAACAAGAGUACAAACUCUUUGAUUUCGAAAAGCCCAAAGAUUCUGCGACAGCCACUGACGAUCUGGAGUUGAGCGAUUGUACGAGACCGAAAGUGCUUCUCACCCAGUUGUGUUAUUUGCUCGGAAUACCAGAAGUUGAGCAAGAUAGAAUGCUGAGGGUCCCCGACGACCCCAUCUUGAACCGAUCCAUCAGUACACUUGAUCGUGUCCCGAAUAAGGAACUUCAAAAGACCGGAAUCAUCUAUAUUGGUCCAAACCAAAACACCGAAGAACAAAUCCUGAACAACACCAAAGGAACCUAUCAGUACAAUUGGUUCUUAAGCCAGAUGGGUUACUUUAUCAAGUUAAGUGAAAGACGCAAACUAUUCUACAUUGGCGGAUUAGAAGAUGUUAUCGAUGGAGAGUAUGCGCUGGUCUGGAGCGACGAGGCUACCCAAAUAGCUUUCCAUACAGUAACUUUAUUUCCGGAAACCAGCGACUUAUCGAGCAAGAAAAAACAUGUAGGCAACAACUUUGUCAAUAUCUUCUACGAUGAAUCGGGACUUCCAGAUUUCAAUUUCAACAUAAUCAAGAGCCAAUUUACAUUUAUCAGCAUAGUCAUCACUCCACACACCACUCACGAUUCGCCUAAAAUAUCCGACCGUUACACUGUCAAGCUCUACAGAAGAACAGGUACGCCAGGACUAUUCUCUUGCGCUCAUUUUAAGAUCCUCACCAAGCACCAUCUAGCAAGAUACGUCCGUCAUAUCUCGCAAAUAGCCAACGCUCUCGCUCAAAAGAUACACGAGCAGCACUCGCUUUACGCUUGCUCAGCCUGGGGUAUUCGUUGCAAACACUUAAACACUAUACGAGAGCGAGUUGCAAGGUCCCAAGGCAUAAAUUCGAAGCAUUAA